UAGUAGGAAGUAAGAGGUAAAAACGGGGCGAGUAGACCAACACAAAUUUCCGGGUUGUGCAACGCGACAGUGUUUUUCACCGUCUUCAUUAAUUUCAUUAGUGACCAGGCUGAUUCAAGAUACUCUCCUGGCUUGGGUUUCUUGUAAUAGUCACUGAUAUCGUAGAAUCUCUAUCAGACUAAAAGAAAAUCGGAUAUACAAAGCAGCAUUUGGUGACAAGCACCUGGCCAGUUUGAUUACACUCAAGACACCGAAGGUCUUGACGACCUUACUAUUUUGCACUUGUAUCACCCUUCGCUCAGUCCUGUCUCAGCGAUUCACUUCGAAAGCACAACAAAACUGAAUGAGGUAGAUCAGUAGCAUCAGCCAUCCCUGACACCAUGAGGCCAGGUCCACGCCUUGGUCAGCUAGAUGACAUCACGAUGACAUGGGCUGCUCGGCCUCUGUAGAUAUCAGCCCAAUCAAGUGGCCCACAAGACAGCAGUGCUGCUCCAAGAUGGACGAGGUGGAAGUCAGCCCUGCGGGCAAGAUGGCCACUCCUAGGAACUGGACAUCUCUGACUCAAAACAUUCAGGUGCACAAAGCAAGAUUGAUGUUGGAAGAUAUGAAUUUGCUCGUUGACGCAGACUUCCCCCCAAAAGAUUCAUCUAUAGGAUUAAAAAUGAUGAGAAACGGCCACAAAAGGAUUGUCUGGAGGAGACCCCAUGAACUGUCCUUACAUCCAGUUCUCGUCUCUGACGGCACAAGUCGACAUGACAUGAGACAGGGUGACCUCAAUGAUUGUUGGUUUUUGUCGACAUUGUCAGUCAUCGCCGAGAAACCGCAACUUAUUUCCAAAGUAAUUCCAGAAGACAACAGCUUUGGAACCCCUGGUUAUAAUGGAAGUUUUCAUUGCCGCUUUUGGCAAUUCGGCCAUUGGGUAGAUGUUUAUGUUGAUGACUUACUGCCUACAGUGGACGGCAAUUUGCUGUUUGCUCGGUCCUCUGAUCCCAAUGAGUACUGGGUAUCUUUGGUAGAGAAAGCUUAUGCAAAACUUAACAAAUCUUACGCAGCUCUGGAAUAUGGUUUCGAAGCUGACGCAUACACAGACUUAACAGGAGGGUUAGCUGAGUGGUACACGCCUACAGACCUGAGAGAAAAUGACUUCUAUCUCAUGAGAGCUGCAUUCCAGUGUGGAGCAGUAAUAGGAUGUCUUAGUCUGGAUUUAAAAAGUUCCAACAAAGAGAGCAAAGGUAUGGUCUCCAACCAUUCCUACGUUGUGACGGCCAUUGAAGAAGUGCCGUACAUGGACAAGGCAGCAAAACUGAUUCGACUACGUAACCCUUGGGGAGAGACGGAGUGGCAAGGCGAAUGGAGUGAUGGGAGUGACGAAUGGCUUAAAGUGCCAGAUGUUAUUAAGCGAGAACUCGACGUCACAGCUAGGAAUGAUGGAGAAUUUUGGAUGUCGUUUAAUGAUUUCAAAAGAGAAUUCUGCAAUAUGAUCAUUUGUAACAUGUCUCCAGAUUUUGAUCAUGAUGGGAUUAGCGAUAAAGCUGAAUACCAACUUCAGUUGAAAGGCUGUUGGCUGGCAGGCUGCAAUGCUGGUGGAUGGAUCGAAUGUCAUUCAUUUCAUAAAAACCCACAAUACCAUCUUCAUGUCUAUAAUGACGUUCUUGUUCAACGACGAUACACUGGUCGUCUGCCUGUGGUUGUUUCCCUUCUUCAAGUUUAUAAACGUGAUAUAUCAAGAAGGCAUGAAGAGAAUGAUCUACAAGCAAUAGGUUUUGAGAUAUUUCAGCUACCUGGUGUACCAAUAUGCGCUUUGGGUGCGGAUUUCUUCCAAGCUGUAGACCCUUUGAUGCCAGAGAACGAGGAGACAUACGCCAAGUACAGAGAAACAUCUGGUAGAUUUUUCCUCCAUCCCGGAGAUUAUCUGCUAGUUCCGUCAACACACGAGCCGGACAAAACCCGAGAGUUUUUGUUUCGGCUCUUCUCUGUGGGUAAAAUUAGUUGCACCUGUAUUGGUAACCAGGAAGCAAGUGUUAAGUCUUGAUAUAACUUCAAUGAGGACUUUCGUCUUCUAGUUCCAUUGUUUUAUUUUAGUUUCAUGUAGACCAACUCUUCCACUCAACAUUUGGCUGCCACUUUCAAUGCUGCACAGUGACACUAGAUCCUAUAAACUGAGUAAAAAUGUUUAAAAUUUGAUGUGUACAUAUGUAAUAAAUAUGUUAUCACUAAUAAAUAAUGUACUAGUGUGUGUUUUAGUUGACACUGCUAUGAGUUGUAUUGAAGUACUGAGAAGGAGGGCAAACUUAUUGAAAAUAAAUUUAAUCUGACAAUUUCUAAAUAUAUUCUUGCAAUUCUAUCAUGUAUAAAGAAUAUGUAAAGUUGUUUUUUUUUUACUUGAAGAUAAUACAAUCAUAUUUCAAUGAACGAUGUAUUAUAAAUUCAUUACUAUGUAUUAUUUAAUGUGUUCGUUUGGUUCAAUGAGUAGGCCUAUUAAUGUAUUUUCUAUUUUAUUUCAGCCUCUCUAGGAACAAAUAAACAAAGUCUGAAAUAAUGCCCUUAUAAUAAAAUUGUAACUUAAAACUAUUUGGCUGAGCUAGACUAGAAUCUUUAUGAUUUACAAUAAACAGUAAGAGGGCCUAAAUCUAUUAUAAUGGAAUAUAUAGCUUAUUAACUUGUACACAUGGUUGCAAUCUAUGGCCCGUUGUCUCCAGUAACAAACAAUGUGCGUCACUUCCUGUUACACAGACGCAAAUAACUUUCUAAGAAAAAAAAAGUAGCAUUUUUUUAACGCAUUUUUUUAACGGAUGCCAUGUGACUGAAUCAAAAUUUUUUCAAUGAAAAAGCAAAAAAUUUUACCAAUAGUCUGUAUUGUUUACAGACCUAUUAGUAUGGUAUUAAUGUUAGAUUGUAUAUACAUGCAUCUUUACAUUUUAUUCCUAUUGCAUUAAUGUUUUGUAUUUGCUUCGUUUAGUCUUAAUUAAUUGUUAA